AUGGAAAGUGGAUUUCAAAGUGAAUUGGAACUAACUGACUCAAAAGAUAAUAAUGUUGAGGAAAAUUGUUAUGAGAAUGAAAAAAAUAAAAGCACGGAUAAAGUGGCCGCCUCAAGUUUAAUCACUGUGAAAUUAAAACAGUUCCUGCAAUUCUUUACAGUAGAACCAUUUCUGUUGUGUUAUAUAUUUCCAAAUAUAAUAUCAGCUGUAACAGUGCAGAAACUUAAUAUGGAAAAAGCCUGCAGAGCUGACCUUAAUUUUUCAGAAUUUAUUUGCUCCCAAGUCAUAGCUGGUAAUUUUAGUGAUAACAUGACACUACUUGCUUUAGAUAAAUCACAAAAACUAGUCGCUGAAAUGACUGCAUGGAAACAACCAAUACAGAGUGGUAUACCAGCAAUCGCCAUAUUGUUUAUUGGAGCUUGGAGUGAUAAAACUGGAAAUCGAAAGCUAUUGAUGCUCAUACCUAUAUUGGGAGAACUGAUAUCAGCUAUAGGGAUGAUUUUAACCACAUAUUAUUUCCUAGAGUGGCCUUUAUGGGUGACAGGAUUAAUAGAAGCUUUACCGUCUGCACUUACCGGUGGCUUAUCAAUAGCUCUAAUGGGUUCAUAUAGUUUUAUAGCUGACGUUACGACUGUGGAAAAUCGUACGUUCAGAAUGGGAUGCGUAGCCGUUAUUGUCACUCUAGGAAUUCCUUUGGGAACAUCUAUCAGUGGUGUUUUGAUACAACUCGUGGGAUAUUAUGGAAUAUUUGGUAUAGGUGUAGUAUUUUUCACAUUUGGAUUCCUACAAACGUGGUUUAGAGUACACGAUGUUAGAAACGAACCAUUAAGAGGUACUUUCGUGGAAAAGCUUUUAGAUUUCUUUAAUCCUUUAAAUGCUUGGGACACUUUAUCUUUACUAUUUAUACCUCGCACGAAAAAGUUGAUACCAAUAUGGUUGGUUGUUUGGGCUCACAUAAUUGUAAUGGGACCUGUUUUUGGUGAAAGUCCCGUAUUAUAUUUGUAUACAUUGAAAAAGUUUAAAAUGGAUGUCGUUGACUUUAGUCUAUUUUCUACUUACUCGGUACUUAUGGGACUGGCUGGCACCUCAGUGGCAGUGGGAGUUCUUAGUAAGAUACUAAAGAUUCACGAUGCAGCCUUAGGUGUAUUAGCAACUUCAUCGAAAGUACUUUCGAGCAUGCUCUAUGGCUUAGCACCGACUAGAACUUGGUUUUUCGUAGGACCUGUUUUAGAUUUCUUCGGGAAUUCUGGUUCCACCGUCGUGAGAUCGAUGGGUACAAAAGUCGUUGACGCUGAGAAAGUCGGAAAGAUGUGUUCAUUGAUUGGUUUUGUGGAAUCUGUGGUGCCAGUUAUUUAUACACCAUUAUACAGCAAAGUGUACUCGCUGACAUUAGAAACAUUUUCUGGUGCAUUUUACGUGAUGGGCAGUUUGAUGACUCUACCAGCUAUUUUCAUAUUUUUAUAUUUGUUCUCAGUUUUUAAGGUGCAGCCUGAGCAAGAUGUAAAAAGUUCAGAUUCAAAUGAAAAGCACGCCUAUGACAAUCCUACAAUUGUAACAUCUUUUUAA